AUGAUUAUACGGAAUUUCGGCGUGCGGCACGGCCGCCAGGUGCUCUCUGCCCCUCACUCGGCACCAUCAUGUCUCCGACUCUUCUCUACCCAGACCACAACGACGACAACGACCGCCACCCCCGUGCCCGGAAACCAAGAAGCGGUCGAGCAGCUCGCCGCUCUGAGCGCCACGGAUGCCGCCCGCGAAGCCAGGCUCGCCGGCCGCCGACAGCAGCAGGAGAUUGCGGCCAUCCCGCGCAACUUCAGGAAGUUUAUCAAGUACCAAAAGGAAACGGAGAAGCUCGGGUCCGAGGUUGAGAGGCGGUAUCUCCCCGACGAGAUCAUCCGCAACCCGCCCCACGACGCCAGCUUGGAGGACCUGCUCGCGGCGCAGUGCCACAUGGGCCAUCAUGUCUCGAGGUGGAACCCGGCCAACUCGAGGUACAUUUAUGGUGAGAGGUCGGAUAUUCACAUCAUCAGCCUGGAGCAGACGGCGGCGCACUUGAGGAGGGCGGCGAGGGUGGUGGAGGAGGUGGCGUAUCAUGGAGGGUUGAUUCUGUUUGUGGGGAACAGGAAGGGGCAGAUGCCGAUUGUGACGAGGAUGGCGGAGCUGGCGGGGGCGUGUCACCUUUUUCAGAAGUGGACGCCGGGGGUGUAUGAGGGGUUUGAGGAGCAUUUGAGGGAUUGCAGGCCGGUGACGCCGGAUUUUGGUGGUUUGCGUGACCCGUUGGAGAAUUAUGCGUUGCUGAGGGAGUGUGCGCUGGCUACGGUGCCGACGGUGGGGGUGAUUGACACGGAUGCUGAUCCGAGCUGGGUUACGUAUCAGAUUCCGGCGAAUGACGAUAGUUUGCGGUCUGUGGCUCUUAUUGCGGGUGUUUUGGGGCGGGCUGGUGAGAGGGGGCAGCAGAGGAGGCUGGCGGAUGCUGAGAAGGGGGUUGUGAAGUGGCAGACGCCCAAGGAUGUGUUUAGUUUUAUCGGCAAGGUGAACGCCAAGAUCAGGAGGGAAGCCGAGGAAAAACAGGAGAAUAUGCAGAAGGAGACGGGAGGGCUGAAGCCGGCUGAUUUGAUGACGGAGGAUGAGGUUAUCGCUGAGAUGUUUGGUCAGGGGGCUGUUCCGUCCAAAUACUAG